AUGGUCUUUUAUAAAUAUCGUUAUAAAUGGCGGAUGGUAUUUAUUAUGCGGAUCAUAAGUAUAAAUUGUACAAUUUUUUUUAAAGAAAAAUUUAUUUACUAUUAUUAUAAUAUAAUUUUUUUAUAUAUGAAUAAUGGUGGAUCCGAUUUAAUAAAAUAUUUAAAUGAAAAAUUGGACACAAAUUUUUUCAACACAAUCACUAUUUUAAAAGAUAAUGAUUGUGUUAGUAAAUUUGUAAUUAAUCUUAAAAAAUUAAAAACCGGUAAUACGUAUUCUUCUUUUAAAGAAGAAUUGGAAAAAAAACCAUUACCGUUAUUUUUUAAUAAAACUAUAAACAAAUUAUUUAACGAUUAUAAAUUAUUUGAUAGCGGUAUAUCUAAUACAAGUAAGUUAGAUAUAUUAGAAGCUAUCAUAAACAGUGAUAAAAUAUAUGAUAAUGUUCUAGAUUUUAUAGAACAACAAUUUGUAAGUCUAACGAAAACUUAUAAUAAAGACGAUAGUAACGGUAUAGUAGUAUCUUUUAUAGAUUCCAUUGUUAUUAUAAAAGGAUUACUCAGUGUUAAAGCCAAUGAAUUAUUAUAUUUUGAACGUGGAGUAACAGGAUUGGCGUUAAAUUUAGAAUAUAAUCAAGUAAAGGCUUUAGUAUUUAGUGAUAUAAGGAGUAUUGUAGUAGGUGAAUCCGUGAAAUCUUCUGGUUUUGUGAUGAGGGUUGGAGUUAGUGAAAGUUUGUUAGGUAGAAUAAUAAAUCCGUUAGGUAAGGCUUUGGAUGGUUUAGGUAGUUUAAGUUUAAAUAAUUAUUUGAUAAUGGAUAGAAAAGCGCCUGGUGUUAUAAUGCGUAAAAAAGUUUCAGAACCUGUUAUGACGGGUAUUAAGGUAAUUGAUGCAUUAGUGCCAAUAGGCAGAGGUCAAAGAGAGUUAAUUUUAGGUGAUAGAAAAACAGGUAAGACUACUAUAGCUAUUGAUACUAUUUUAAAUCAAAAUAAAGUUUUUGAUGAGCAUAAAGAGGUAUUAACAUGUGUUUACGUUGCAAUAGGUAAGCGUAUGUCUGAAAUAGUAAAAAUAUAUAAUACGUUGAAAGAAAAUAGUAGUUUACAAUAUACUAUAUUGGUGAUAGCCAGAUCUUCUGAUCCCGCUUCGCUUCAAUUUAUUGCUCCAUAUGUUGGGUGUACUAUAGCUGAAUAUUUUACUUAUAACGGUAAGCAUAGUUUAAUCAUUUAUGAUGAUUUGACUAAACAUGCAGACGUUUAUAGACAAAUUUCGUUGCUUUUAAGAAGACCUGUAGGUAGGGAAGCUUAUCCUGGAGAUGUUUUUUUUUUACAUUCUAAGUUAUUAGAAAGAGCUGUAAAAUUAAAUGAAACUUUUGGUUUUGGAUCUUUAACAGCUUUACCUAUUAUUGAAACUAUACAAGGGGAUGUUUCAGCUUAUAUACCUACUAAUGUAAUAUCUAUUACUGACGGACAAAUUUAUCUUGAUUUGAAUAAGCAUCAAGAAGGUGUUAGACCGGCGGUAGAUCCUGGUAUUUCAGUUAGUAGAGUUGGGUCGUCAGCGCAAACAAAAUUAAUGAAAAUGCUAUCAGGUUCGUUGAAGCUUGAUUUGGCGCAAUAUAGAGAAGUUGAGCAAUUUUCUAAAUUUGGAUCUGAAUUGGAUGCAUCUACUAAAUUUUUAUUAAAGAAAGGUAAAAUGUUGAUAUCUUUGAUGAAACAGGUUCGAAAUAAUCCGUUAUCACUAGUUAGUCAGAUAGUUAUUUUAUAUUUGUCAUCAUCUGUAUUUUUUUUAUCUUUGAUCGAUAAAAUUGAAGAAUUUGAUAUUGAAUCGUAUUUAUCGAGUUUGAUAUUUUUUAUAGAGUAUUCAAUAAUAUUCAGACCAUAUAAGUAUGUUUUGGGUAACUCUAAUGUUGAUAAUUUAGUUGAUUUAGAAUGAUUGUUACUGGUGCAUUUCUUUCAUUUUUUAUAUUUAGACGAAAACGAUAGUAUAUUUGAUACUGAUAGUAAUUUUUCUAAUGUUUUUAGAUUAAGUAAUUCAUUUAUAAAUGAAUUGUUACUAAAAUAUUUAGAUAAGGGUAGUGAAAGUAUUAAAUUGGUUUUUCAUAAAAACGAUACAAUAUAUAUUAAUUUGUUUUAGGUUGAGUUGGCGGUAAGCCUGUUGAACCUGUAUUUUAUUUUAUAGAUCAAAUAGUUACUUUUUUUUAUUUUUUUUAUUUAUUAAUUAUUUUACCAUUUAUAUCAAAUGUUGAUAAAUCGUUAGUAGAUAUACAUUUGUAUAGAUAUUUAAGCAAGUAGAGUUAAUUGUUGUAUAUAUUUGUUGUUUAAAUUUUUUUUAUAAGAAAGAAAAUGUACAUGUAUAAUUGCAAGACAAUUAUACAUGUUUUAUAAAAUUAAAUUUAAUUUGGAUCUCUAGAUAUUAAUAUUUUUAAGCGUAAUAUUGUUGACGAUAUGUUAUGUUUAGUUGAUGAGAACGAUGAUGCAUAAAUUCUUAAAUGGGGAAACCUUUCAGAAAAUGAAGUUAUAUUUUUGUGAUAUGACAAGAAGGUAAUGAACUGAAACAUCUUAGUAAUUACUUUAGAAGAAAUCAACCGAGAUUCCGUUAGUAGUGGUGAGCGAAAUUGGAAAUUUUAGAUCUUAAUUAUUUUAUGUAAAUACAUGCAUUAUAUGGUAUAUAGAAAUAUUUGGAAUAAUAUACGUUAUUGAGUGAGAGUCUUGUAUAUAUAUACAUUACAGAAUUUAGUUAUUGUGUAUUUAUCAAUAUCAAUUGAGUAAGGUGAUAGAUAAAUUGCCUGAAUAUAGUAGAUCCACCUACUAAAUCUAAAUAAAUAUUAAUAAUCGAUAGUGAAUGAGUACCGUGAGGGAAAGAUGAAAUAGUAUCUCAGUGAGAUUAGUUGAAAUAGAUAGUGAAAAAUUAAAUUUAUUAGCUAUUGAAGCUUUAUAUACUGUAAGUAUAUAACAGUAACAGUGUACCUUUUGUAUAAUGGGUCAGCGAAUUAAUUUGUAUAGUAAGUUUAAAAUUAUUUUGUAGACGCAAUGUAAAUAAGUAUUAAAAUGCAUAUAAUUAUAUGAAUUAGACCCGAAACCAAGUGAUCUAGUUAUGAACAGGUUGAAGAUAAUUUUAUUAAUUAUUGGAGGACCGAACUUGUAUUUGUUGAAAAAAAUUAAGAUGAUUUGUAACUAGGGGUGAAAGGCCAAUCAAACUUGGAGAUAGCUGGUUUUCCGCGAAAUCUAUUUAAGUAGGGCAUUAUUAGUAUAUUAUUGAAGGUAAAGUAACAAUAUUAGCUAGGGGGCUUUAAAUAGUUUACUGAAUUAAUAUUAACUUUGAAUUUCAAUUAAUUUUUAAGUAGUGGUCAGACUAUUAGUGUUAAGAUUAAUUAGUCAAGAGGAGAAGAAUCCAGAUUACAAGCUAAAAUCCUUAAAUUUUAAUUAAAAGUUAAGGAAAAGUUAAAUUUACUAAUAUAAAUUAGGAUGUUGACUUAGAGGCAGUCAUCAUUUAAAGAAAGCGUAAAAGCUCACUAAUUAUUUACAUGAAAAAAGUAAAUUUAACUUUGUAAAUUAACGGGACUAAAAUUAAAUAUUAAAGCUGUAAAAUAAAGUUGUUUAGAUCGAAUAUUUUUAUUGUGAUCUAUUUGUUGGUAGCGGAAUGUUCUGUAAUUUUGUUGAAUAGAUGUGAAUUUAUUUUUUUGAUAUCAGAAGUAAGAAUGCUGACAUGAGUAGCGCUAAAUAAUGUAAAUUACGUUUGUUAUAUAUGAAUGUAGUUUGUAAUCAUUAUCAUCGAUAAAUCAAGGGUUUCUGUGUUAGAUUUAAUCACAUAGAGUUAGUCGGUUUCUAAGAGAAAUGUGUUAACAUUUGUUGAUGGAGAAGCAUUUAAUAUUAUGCUGCAAAGAAGUUAUUAAGAUACAUUAGACAGUAAUCAUUUUUAUUUAAUUUUUGGAAUUGAAAAAGUAAUCAUUUUGAAUGUUGUUUUUUUGAUUAUGUGUUAAAUUAGAUAAAAGUGAUUAUUCUAGAAAAAUAAUGUAUUUUUUAUUUUAUUGAACCUAAUAAGGUUAUAUUAAAGUAAAGCUAUGUAAUUUUUUUACCGUACUGCAAACCGACACAGGUGAUUAAGUAGAGAAUACUAAGAUGUUGGGAUAACAAUACUGAAGGAACUCGGCAAAAUGACUCUGUAACUUCGGGAGAAAGAGUGUCAGUUAGGAACACCUUAUCAUGUAAAAUAAUAUAUAUAUAUUAUUUUACAUGAUAAGGUAUUGAUAGUUUUUAAUUGAUGGCACAGAAGAGAGAAUAGCGACUGUUUAUUAAAAACACAGGACUCUGCUAAAUUGUGAAAUGAUGUAUAGAGUCUGACACCUGCCCAGUGCUGGAAGAUGAAAUAUUGUAAUGAUUUUUUUGUUACGAUUAUAAGUCCCAGUAAACGGCGGCCGUAACUAUAACGGUCCUAAGGUAGCGAAAUUCCUUGCCAUUUAAUUGAUGGCCUGCAUGAAUGGUGUAACGACUUUUCUACUGUCUCCAGUAUUGGUCCAGCGAAAUUGAAGUUUUCGUGAAGAUGCGAAAUAUUUACGGCUAGACGGAAAGACCCCGUGCACCUUUACUAUAAUUUUAAAUUAAUUACAGUUUUUUCAUUAUGUAGUAUAAAUAUUAGCCUAUGAUCCCUUAACGCUAGUUAAUAGGUUAGGCGUAAGUGAAAUAGUAUUUUUUGAAAGAAAGGUAUUUAACAUUUUAAAUGGACAGUUUAUGAUGGUUAGUUUGACUGGGGCGGUCGCCUCCUAAAAAGUAACGGAGGCGUGCAAAGGUAAACUUGUAUUAAUUGAACUAAAUUAAUAUAUACGUGUAAUGGCUUAAGUUUGCUUGACUGUGAGAUAAACAAAUUUAACAGGAACGAAAGUUGGUCAUAGUGAUCCGGUAAUUUUGUGUGGAAAAAUUAUCGCUUAACGGAUAAAAGGUACGCAGGGGAUAACAGGCUAAUGAUUUCUAAGAGACCUUAUCGCCGAAAUCGUUUGGCACCUCGAUGUCGGCUCAUCACAUCCUGGAGGUGAAGAAGCUUCCAAGGGUUGGGCUGUUCGCCCAUUAAAGUGGUACGUGAGCUGGGUUUAAAACGUCGUGAGACAGUUUGGUCCCUAUCUACCGUAAACGUUGAAAAUUGAGAAAGUCCCUAACUUAGUACGAGAGGAUUGGUGUUAGUAUUUUUAUUUUUUUAAAUAGGAAUGACCUAAAUAGGGUGUAUCUAUUGUAAUUUGAUUGUUGGUCAUACAGCAUUGUCAAGUUGCUACAUACAUAUGUUUAACUAUUGAAGACAUAAAUGUAGGAAGACAGGUUCAAGAUAAAUUUUCGUAUACUGGUAAUAGAUAAUUACUUUGAUAGGCAAAUUGAUGUUGUUAUUGUAA